AUGAGAAUACCAUUCCGGAUAGCAGCAGGCACGGCUCUUCUUGCCACGACAGCGGCUCAAACAUGGAGCAAAUGUAAUCCGCUGCAGCAGACAUCGUGCCCGCCCAACACGGCCCUCGGCAUGACCAUCGACGUUGACUUCACAAAGGGCUCCGUUAAUUCGUUCGAGGCCCAGGGCGUCCCCAGCUACAGCAGCACCGACGGCGCCACCUUCACCGUCGCCGCCAGCGGCGACGCCCCCCAGCUCAACUCGCUCUUCUACAUCAUGUUCGGCCGCGUCGAGAUCACCAUGCGCGCCGCGCCCGGCGCCGGCAUCGUCUCCUCGCUCGUCCUCGAGUCCGACGACCUCGACGAGAUCGACGUCGAGUGGCUCGGCAGCAACCCCAACGAGCUGCAGUCCAACUACUUCGGCAAGGGCCGCACCACCGACUACAACCGCGGCCGCUUCCACGCCGUCCCCGCCGGCACCCAGAACCGCUGGGUCACCUACGCCAUCGACUGGACCCAGGAUCGCAUCCAGUGGAUCGUCGACGGCGCCGCCGUCCGCGAGCUCCGCCGCCAGGACGCCGACCAGGACCAGUACCCGCAGACGCCCAUGCAGGUCAAGUUCGGCACUUGGGCCGGCGGCGACCCGUCUCGCAACCCGCCCGGCACCGUCGAGUGGGCGCGCGGGCCCACCGACUUCUCCAAGGGGCCCUUCUCCAUGACCGUCCGCUCCCUGAGGGUGACUGACUACUCCACCGGCAAGCAGUACCGCUACAAGGACACCUCCGGCUCCUGGCAGUCCAUCGAGGCCGUCGGCGGCCAGGUCAACGGCAACGCCGGCGCGAGCAAGAACGCGCCGACGGUCACCGCCACCGGCGUCGCGCCGCCCACCACGUCGGGGCCGGGAGUGCCCGUCGGCGGCAUGGUCAAGGACGGCAGCCCCGCGACAAAGACCCAGACCGGCUGGCCCUGGGUCGGCACAAACCCGCCCACCGGCGGCAGCAUCCCCAGCGGCUGGUACAUGACGUCCUCGGGCAAGAUCAUGCGCUCCGCCGCCGCGGCGCUCGCCACGCCUUCGCUGCUGCUGUCGGCCGUGUCCGCCUCGGUGGCCGUCGGCGUGGCCAUCUUCAUGGGCAGAACUCCCUGA